UACUGGUUUUCUGCUUCAUUAUUCCUACUGUGGUACCGGUUUAUUCAUGGGGUGAAUCUUGGUUGAAUUCUUGGUUUAUUGUCGCCAUGUUGCGAUACACGUGGACCUUAAAUAUGACUUGGUUAGUGAACAGCGCCGCUCACAUGUGGGGAAACAAACCAUACGACAGACAUAUUAAUCCAUCGGAAAACAAAUGUGUCUCGUUUGUGGCUCUAGGCGAAGGGUGGCACAAUUAUCAUCACGUGUUCCCAUGGGACUACAAAACCGCUGAACUAGGAGACUAUUCGGCCAACCCGACGACAGCAUUUAUCGACUUUUUCGCUAAAAUCGGUUGGGCUUACGAUUUGAAAACUGUAUCCGUUGAAAUGAUCAAGAAACGCGCCGAAAAAACAGGAGAUGGUAGCCAUCCGGUUUGGGGCUGGGGCGAUAAAGAUAUCCAGAAACAAGACAUCGACGCAGCUGUAGUCAUCAACAAGAAAGACGAUUAAAUAGUAUACGAAAUGCUCACCGGUCAAAGAAAUCGUUUAAAUUAUGUAGGUACCUAAAUCUACUUAAUAAAUUGAAUCUACUUAAUAAAUUGAAGUGGUGUUUUUUUUGUAACACCAUCAUGUUAUUGUUUUAUUUUCAUUCUAUUAAUUUUUUUUGGA